AUAGCGAUGGUACUACUAUGGCUUAUUGCUGAUUCCGUCAAAACAGCUUAUAAUGUCUGGAAGAAAACCCCUUAUCAGUUUUGGUUUUGUGGAAUAGCGCAGAUUUUUAUCGACAUAUUAAUAUUGCUGCAAGUGGGCUGCUUUGACAUGAAAAGGCCGAGUUACUCGCGAAAAAAUGAAGAGGAACUGGAAGGAGAGCAUUUGCUGGGGCAACCGAUGCAGCAACCGCACCAGCAACCAUCGCAACGACCGCUGGAGGAAGCAGAGCCAGUGCAAGGACGAUCUCGAUGGCGAAAUGUAGUGCGCGGAACAUUGCAUCGACUAAGGCGACUGAAACGUCAAGACGUACCUCAGCCGGUGCAGCAACAAGCGCUGAAAUAA